AUGAGCGAUACCAGUGCUCGUCGACAUCUUUCAACAGGUAGUUGGUUAGGACUUGUAAAAAAUCAAACAGGCCGUGUCAUUGAAGGUGCUACAGAUCUUGUACUUACACCAGUUCAUUGGCUUGCACAUAUGCGCGAGUACUGGCCUUUGUAUGUGAUUUGUGCUACAAUCAUCUUGAGCUUGAUUACUUUUCUUUAUUGUUCAUGUCAAAGUUGGCUCGGAAAUCUCACGAUGAAACAUAACUAUAAACACAUGACACUCAUGCGGAUGAUUCAACAGCAACAACAACAACAACAACAACAACAACAAGAAAAAGAAAAUUCAUCAAUACCCUAUACAUAUUAA